UCCUCUUUCGCUCGCGAUCACUGAGAAUGUCUAGCGAAUGCAAUAAUAAGGGUUUCGAAGACAGUAGUUCUUCUGGUAUCUCAGACGAUGAGAGAUUGCCAAAUCAGCCCAAAUUACCAGCCAAACGUUAUAGACGUUUGAUAGAUAGAAUCCAGGACCGUAUUAGCCAUGGUAGACGUUGGUUCAGUUUGGAAUUUUUUCCACCUCGUACAGCAAACGGUGCUGCAAAUUUAGUCGGUAGAUUCGAUAGAAUGAGUGCUGGUUCUCCCUUAUUUUGCGACAUAACUUGGCAUCCUGCUGGAGAUCCAGGAUCAAAUAAACCAACCAGCUCGACCAUGAUUGCAAGCACAAUGUUAAAUUUUUGUGGGAUGGAAACGAUGUUGCAUUUAACAUGCUGUGGUCAAACGAGGGAAGAAAUAACAAAACACCUACAAAAGGCGAAAGAUAUGGGUAUAAAAAAUAUUCUUGCUUUAAGAGGCGAUCCUCCAGAAAAUCAAGAUGAAUGGGUUCAUGUUGAAAAUGGCUUUAAUUAUGCGACUGAUCUUGUCAAACAUAUUAGGGAAGAAUUUGGAGACUACUUUGUUAUCUGUGUAGCUGGUUAUCCGUCUGGACAUCCUGAUUGUCCAUCUUAUGAGGAAGAUCUUUUGCAUUUGAAAGAAAAAAUUGAUGCUGGUUCUGACUUUAUCAUCACCCAAUUGUUCUUCAAGGCUGAUAAUUUCCUUAAAUUUGUAGCGGAUUGUAGAAAAAUAGGUAUCAAUUGCCCAAUCAUACCUGGUAUUUUACCAAUUCAAGAAUAUAGAUCUUUGAGACAUAUUGUAAAGCUCUCCAAGCUGGAAGUGCCCCAAGAAAUUAUUGAUUCAAUAAAUCCAAUUAAGGAGAACGAUGAGGCCAUCAGAAACUUUGGAAUUGACCAAUGCGUAAAACUUUGCCGUCAAUUGAUUGAUGCCGGUGUUCACGGUUUCCAUUUCUAUACUUUAAAUAGAGAAGUUGCAUCCAUUGAAAUUCUAAAGGCCAUAGGUCUAUGGUCGGUUGAUCCUCAGCGUUCCCUUCCGUGGAAACGUACAGCGAAUCAUAAUAGAUGUCAAGAAGAUGUUAGACCUAUAUUUUGGCAGCUUAGGCAAAAGAGUUAUGUUCACCGAACAUCUGAAUGGGAUGAAUUUCCAAAUUCUCGUUGGGGAAACUCUAGCUCAGCUUCUUUUGGACAAUUAACUGAUCAUCAUAUUUUCUACUUAAGUAAUAGAAUGUCAAAGGAGGAGCAGUUAAAAAUGUGGGGUGAAGAAUUGACAUGCGAGAAAGACAUUUUUGACGUCUUUCACUCUUACAUUACUUCGAGUAAAAAUAAACAAGGCAAUUUGGUAUCCAAAAUUCCAUGGAACGAUGAAAAUAUCCAGCCAGAAACCAAAAUAAUCUUACAAGAUUUGGCUGAUAUCAAUCAAAAGGGAGUCUUGACGAUAAAUUCUCAACCAAAUGUAUGCGCUGCACCAUCUUCCGAUCCUCAAUUUGGAUGGGGAAACUCUAACGGAUAUGUUUUCCAAAAGGCUUACCUAGAAUUUUUCGUUAAUGAAAAAUUUGCUACCACCCUUAAAGAAGUUUUGCAAGAUUAUCCAAAUGUGAAUUAUCAUAUUAUUAAUGCUCAAGGGCAACAAUUUACAAAUUGCCACGAAUUUCAACCGCUGGCCGUAACUUGGGGAGUUUUCCCAGGAAAGGAGAUUGUUCAACCAACCGUUGUUGAUCCUGUAGCUUUCACCUUCUGGAAGGAUGAAGCAUUCUCGCUAUGGAAAGAGCAAUGGGGGAAAAUUUACUCACCUGAUUCAAAAUCGAGAAAAAUUGUCGAGCAUAUUCACGAUACGUACUAUUUGGUUAAUCUUGUGGAUAAUGACUUUCCAAAACCUACUUGUCUCUUUGAAAUUGUUUUGAAGAUGUUGAAAACAGCCAAUGAAAAGUUUGAUCCAAAUUUAUCAGAUAGAGAAUAUUUUAUAGAAAGUGUUCGUUUGUUGAGGAAAGUUUUUACAGAAUCAAGAGAAUUUAAUCUAAACGAAUUUGACUUGAAUACAACGCUUCUCUAUUGGCUUCCUCAUAAAACAGAACUAUUAGAAGUAUUUCAUCCUAGAAAUUGCGAAGAUCAUACAUACGAGAUUGUUCAACUACUUUUGAUUACGGCUAUAAUUGAACGAUUCCUAGGAAAUUUGUUAUUAACAAAACAAAAUCAAUGCCCAUCACUCUUAAAAGAUUUGUUGAAAAGUGAAAAUUUAUCAAAAAUAUUGAAUCCUAAUUUUCUUCAUAUGUUACAAAUUCUUAUUGGACCGCCAAUUUCAUUAAAUCUAAGAAAUUUAGCUUGGCAUGGAUUUAUUUCAAGUUUGGAAGCAAUUGAACUAAGAUUUGCCAAGUUUUUAAUGAUUAUCCUAUUAAAAAUGAACGAAUCUGUAAGAAAUUUAAAGAUGGAAUAUAACGAAAUUCGUUUAUUAUAUAAUCUAAGAAAGUACGAUUUUGAAUUAAAACAAAUGUUUUGUAAGGGAUUAAGUUUAUGCGAAAAGCUUAAUAUAUUUGAAGAAUAUACGAACGCUAAUGGCUUCGUUUCAACUAAUAUGAAAGAUCAAUUUCAUCUUGCAAUAAGAUUAAUGAAAAUGGAAAAAUAUUGGUGUGUUGCUAUCAUUCUAAUACCCCAAUUAGAGUUAAGUUUAAGAAGAAUGUUUGUACUCUUCAACAAAUGCUCCGAAAGAUUAUUAACAGCAGAGGAUUCAACUUUAUUCACAACUUUGGACGAGAAUCUUUUGCUCGAUUUACUUGUUUAUCCUAAUGGACCACGUUUAAGAGAUAGGCUCUCUCAUGGCGAAAUACUACUUGAAAGUUUCGACAAUGCAAUAAUGCAUAUACUAUUAGAUAUUUUCCUUCAAAUUUUCCAUGUACAAAGGGAAUUAGGAGAAUUUUCAACUGACAUAGCAGUCAAUUUUCAAGAAAUAUUAACAUUUCAUAAUAAUUAUCAAUCCCUAUUCCAUCCAAUCAAUUGUUGCCGAAAUGAAUUAAAUAAAAUAUUAGAAGAAUUUGGAAUGGAAAAUGUAAGGAAUCAACUGUUAAUGGUAAAUGAAGAUGUACAAAUUGAAAUAAAAACUGUUCAUAGAUGGCGCUUUAGAUUAAAACACGAAGAGAUUACUACAGAAGAAGAAAUGAUAAAUUUAUUUAGAAAGUUAAUAUCGAUCAUAACCCAACUAAAUAAAGAGAUAAAUGAAAGUUACUCGGAGAAAUGUAGGCAGAGAGACAGUAAUCAACUGCGAUCUAGGCAACGAUCGACUUUGGAAAGGAUGGAAAAAUGUUUGCCAAAAAUGAAACAUUCCUUCAAGGAAACAAUCAGAUUAGUUGGUGAAGCUUUCAAACACUUUAUCAUAGAAAAAAUCAAAAUCAGUCAAGCUAGUUAUAAAAAGAUGAAGCAAUUAGAAAAACUUUGGGAUAAGAUAUCAGCAACUGUCUUAAAAAAUAAAUGGGAAAUUAUCGAUGAAUUGGUGGACGAAUUUUUGGAAGGAAUAAAUCUAGACUUGAGAAGUUCAUCUGUUUAUUGA